AAAGAAGAUAGCUAGCUUAAACUAAACACCACCAUUGUUGUCACCAAUCUAAGGUGACCAAAUACAUAAAGCUACUACCAGAGUGCAAACAAAAACAAUAACUCAAUGUCAUAGACAUCAUCAAUACAAUGGCACUAUGGCAACAUUGUUUGGUUGGUUCAAUAUUCUCAUUUCCAUAGGCUGGCUAAAGCCUAAAGAACAAGCAGGAACCACUAUUCGAAAGGAUGAGAUAGAACAAGGAAAGAAGAAACGAACGUAG